GACAGAGGGGGGCGCUGUAUCCGGUUUUAAUAUCCACACUUCCCGUGGUUCGGUAGUGGACGGAUCCAUGGCCGCUGCGGGGGCUGCGUUUCCUCGGUUGGGCCCGGGUAACUGCCGGGUGGAGAAUAUAUUGCAUCGCGUCCGGCGGGGGCAACUGACCGGGUGCGGUCUGACCCGGGGAUCUCAGAUUACUGAGGAGCUGCUGAAAGAAAGGGACAAACAGGCCAAGUGGAACAGUAUUCCUCUGUACCUGCGCAAGUUGUAUGACGGCAGCCACCUCAACAGUGACCUCUCCCAGUGCCAGCCCAUCCUGAAGGAAGUGUCUCCUCUACUUUCUGCGGAAGCGAUGGCAAUUGUAACAGAAGAGAAGAAGUCUGGUGCGGAAUCCCCCUUUCCAAACACCUACACGUUUGAUUUGUUUGGCGGAGUAGAUCUUCUAGUGGAGAUACUCAUGCGGCCGAGUCUCUUUCCUCAGAAGAAGAAACACAAAAUUAGCGACGAGCUGAUAAAGGACUGCCUGAGCAUCCUGUACAACACCUGCAUAUGUACAGAAGGUGUCACCAAGCGUCUGGCAGAACGGAAUGACUUUGUGCUUUUCCUGUUCACACUCAUGACCAACAAGAAGACCUUCCUGCAAACAGCAACCCUCAUAGAGGACAUCUUGGGCGUUAAAAAGGAGAUGAUCCAGCUGGAAGAUAUUCCCAAUCUUGGAAGUCUGGUGUCAAGCUUUGAUCAGCAACAGCUAGCCAACUUCUGCAGGAUACUCUCUGUCACCAUAUCCGAGCUGGAUACAGGCAAUGAUGAUAAGUACACCCUGCUCGCUAAAGACGCGCAACAGAAGAAGACCCAGAGUCCCUCCAGAGCAGAAAUCAACCAAGCCACCCUCCUGAACAUCCCAGGGUUUAUUGAGCGAUUAUGCAAGCUUGCUAUCCGUAAAGUCUCUGAAUCUACAGGCACAACCACCUUCUUGCAGGAGCUGGAGGAGUGGUACACGUGGCUGGACAAUGCCUUGGUAUUAGAUGCCUUGAUGCGUGUGGCUCACGAGGAGACAGAGCAGAGUGGAACCGAAUCCUCUGAUGAGAGCGGCCUGGCCAAUCCUUCUUCCAGGACGCAGCUGCCACAGUCCAUGAAGAUCAUGCAUGAAAUCAUGUACAAAGUAGAGGUUCUGUAUGUGCUCUGUGUCCUGCUGAUGGGGCGACAGAGGAAUCAGGUCCAUAAGAUGAUAGCGGAGUUUAAAUUGAUUCCCGGGCUUAAUAAUCUCUUUGACAAGUUGAUAUGGAGAAAACAUUCUGCGUCCACACUCGUUUUCCAUGGCCACAACCAGAACUGCGACUGUAGUCCUGAUAUAUCGCUUAAGAUUCAGUUUUUGAGAUUGCUCCAGAGUUUCAGUGACCAUCACGAGAACAAAUAUUUGCUUCUGAACAGCCAAGAAUUAAAUGAGCUGAGUGCCAUAUCCCUAAAAGCAAAUAUCCCCGAGGUGGAGGCUGUGAUGAAUACAGAUAGGAGCUUAGUAUGUGAUGGGAAAAAGGGCUUAUUAACCAGACUGCUGCAGGUGAUGAAGAAGGAGCCACCAGAGUCUUCCUUCAGGUUCUGGCAAGCCCGAGCUGUUGAAAGCUUCCUGCGUGGUGUGACGUCCUAUGCCGACCAGAUGUUUCUGUUAAAGAGAGGCCUGUUAGAGCACAUCUUGUACUGCAUUGUGGACAGUGAAUGCAAAUCUAGAGAUGUCCUUCAGAGCUACUUUGACCUCCUUGGGGAGCUAAUGAAAUUCAACAUAGAUGCUUUCAAGAGAUUUAACAAAUACGUUAAUAGUGAAGAAAAGUUCCAGAUUUUCCUGAACCAGAUCAACAGCUCCUUAGUGGACUCCAACAUGCUAGUGAGAUGCAUUGCAUUGUCUUUGGAUCGGUUUGAAAACCAGUCAGAUGAUAUCAAAGUGGCUCAAGUUCUUUCUGAAUGUCGGUUGUUGUCCUAUAUGAUUCAGGGAUCUGUGCGAAUGUCCUUCCUCUUCCGGCUGGUUAACAUAAUUCAUGUGCAGACACUGACCCAGGAGAAUGUCAGCUGUUUGAAUACCAGCCUUGUUAUCUUAAUGCUGGCCCGAAGGAAAGGCCGACUACCAUGCUACCUUCAGACCAUCAGAGACAUGGAGUGUAUGGAGAAGUACCCGGGGUUCAUCCUCAACAACUUUCACAGUCUCCUGCGAUUCUGGCAACAGCAUUACCUCAACAAGGAUAAGGACAGCACUUGUUUAGAAAAUAGUUCUUGUAUCAAUUUCAGCUACUGGAAAGAGACUGUAUCUGUACUGUUAAACCCAGACAGGACAUCGCCAUGUGCCAUAGUAAGCUACAUAGAAGAGGCAUAUAUGGAUGUGGAUAAAGAAUUCCUGGAGGACUAACCCUAGCUGGCAGCUUGCUGUAUGGACAGAUACCAGCUGGUAUUUCGGGUAUCCAGGGGGCUUUCUGCGUGCAGCGUUCCUCGGUUGUUGAUUGCACCAAGGAGGCAAUGUGCCCAGCAGUAACCAUUGAUGCCACACUCCCGGAUACAUUAAAUCUGUGCAAUACAUUCAGGGACGUCAUCAAUUAAUUUUACGUUUCGGUUUUUAUUUCUUUUUGACUAAAGGUUUUAAUUUUUCCAUUUCCUUCCUCGCUUGUGCCGUUCGUACAUAAUGAUAAACCUCGUCAAUUUGAUUAUUCCUCUUUUUUUUUAUUUUUUAUGAAAUGGUUGUUGUGAAAAGGACAAAAGUUGAACACUGUAGUCAUCAAGGACUCUUCUCUCUGUCGACUUGUUGUCUUCCCAUUCCCACCGGGCUGCGGGAACCCAGCAAUAAUAGAACGAUGCAGCAAACGGCAAAAACCUCCAUAACCUUAUUUAUGAUCCGAAUAAAUGUCUAGCUGACAGGGGUGGUCAAUGGGUUCUUGUUUUAAUCUCCAUAUGACAGAAAUGAAAUAAUAGUGGGGGGGGGACUCCAUUUUACUGUAACAUGUCUGUUUUCUUAUCAGAUUUGGGAGGUUUUAAUUGAAUACUGAGCCCCCCUAUUUCUAUCGAUCACCCCACCGUUUUUAUUUGCCAUUGUUACCAGGAUUUUAGUGUGACAUUUCACUAACGAGCAAGAAAUCUCUCACUGCUGUGUUAACACUCAGGAACGUUGACGUCAAUACAUGGAUUUAUUUUUUUGCGCUUUAACAUAUUGUGACUGUAAUUUUUAGCUGCAUUUUCUCUCUAGCAGAAGGCUUAUGUUACACAUUCUAUACCUUUAUCUAAAGAUCUUGAUUUUAACAUAGGGUGGCUUUUAUCACUUGACGUGGAGCAGGGGACCCUGUACAUUUUCCUGCUGUGGUCUUGAUCUGAAUGUACGCCUGUAUUUUUUUUUAUUUUUUAUUAUUAUUAUUAUUUGUAUUAAUUGUAUUGCAGAGGUCCACUAAUCACCAGGCUGUUUUACUGUCAACGAAGUGCAAUUCUACACAGCCGUAUCUGAGGUCAUUAUGGCUCAUCUCCACCUCUGCUUCCCCACCCUCCAGUGGGAUUUAAAGGGAAUGUGUCAUCAGUAAGAACCCGUUGUUUAAAUCACAUUUUCAUCUUAAACAUUUUUUUUUAGAAUCAUUUGGAGCUUUUUUAAAUGUUUCAUGUCAUUAUCUAUAUUAUUUUUUUUAUUAUUUUUAAAAAAUAUAUAUAAUCCUGCAAUUUUCAUACUGGCCACUAGGUCUGAUAAUGGCUCAUGAUUUCCUGUUCUGCACAGGUAAGGUCACUUUUCAGUAGCUAUUUCAUCAUCAGGCAGAAUUACAGUAAGUCUCACCUCUGUAUAGAUAACCAAGGGUCCACCAUUGACAAUAGAGGAAUAGAUCCGUUUAUCUACAAUCUCUUGACUUCUGUGCUUGGAAAACUCUCCCAUAGAAGUCAAUGGGGUCAACUUUUGUCCAUUGUGUCUAUGGCCCAUGUGGCUGCUCUCAGGGAGUCUUAACAUAUUAUAGGCCUAGUGGCCAGUGUGAAAACUGUAAGACAUUAGUUUUGUCUUUGUUUUUUUUUUUUUUUUGUUUUUUUAUAUAGAUAGUGACAGAUUUUUUUUUUUUUUUAUAUUUUAAGAAAAAAAGUGUAACAUAAAAACUUAAUUUAAAUAGUUGAUUUUCUGAUGGCACAUUCCCUUUAAGAACAUACCAGUCUUCUAGGCAUUUGUACUUGGUGUUGGUAAUACAGGUGGAGACCUAGAUCUCAAAUAUUUCUGUGUAAAUGUGUCUUUUGGUUAUAGGUUUUUAAGCUUCAGUGUUUGAUAAUAUGAAAUCCCUCCAUUCUAUUUUUUCCAAUCCCCUUCCCCCUCUUUGAUCAGUAACCUCCCAUAGGUCACUCUAUGACCAGGAACAAUGUUACCACACAAAGUCUUAGAAUUUUUUUUUGUUUAUGAUAUGAAUAAUUUGGGUUAUUUGCAAAAAAAAAACUAACAAA